AUGUUUUUCUCGCUCGGAUGCGCCACCGCGUUGCCCAUCGAUUCGAUCGAAAUCAGCGCGAUAUCCGUGCGCGGAAACCUCGGCAGGGUGCGAGUGUACGCGAAAAACGUGCACUUGAAGACUUUCGACGACGCGCUGCCGCCGGUGGACGUGAGCGAGCGGUACGGGCAUUACAGCGCGAACGACGCGAACGUGGCGGAUUUGAUGGACGCCGAGGCGUGGGGCGAACCGGCGUACGACGAGGAACAUCGACCGAGCUACGACGAGUUGGUGGCGCUGAAGCUGAAUGCGCCGAUCACGCUGCGAGUGGGGGAAAAGGUGCAGGUGUACGUGCACACGGACGCGCGGAGCGAUAAGGGGUUGGUGUACGACGACGAACGAGACGUGCUGGGACGGCCGAAGUGCGACGGGGUGUUGCAGAUAUAUCCGGGAUACGCGCAUCUGAGUCACGAGCCGUUCGGGAAGGCAGCGCCGUGGUACGCGGAGGAUGAAACUAUGGUGUCGAGUUUGAGGAAAGAUCGACGAUUCGUCGGGAUGGUGUCGUACGGGGUGCGAUGGAUGUUGUGGCAACCCGAACGCGAGAUUCACGCGCGGUUUCCGAGCGAGUUUCAGGAAGUCGUGCGCACGAUGCUGCGCGGAAUGCGGGAUCCGGGAAGCAUUUUGUCUGUUUUGGACGAAAAUGUGAUGAUGUACACGCUGAACAAAUACGUCGGCUGGGAGUGGUUCGGGCGAACGUUGAAGGCGAGGGAGUAUCCGCCGUUCGCAGAGUCGAGCGGGUCACCGCGCGUGGACGUAGUGCUGGAAGCCCUAUUUCUCGAGCACGUGAAAGAAGGCAAUGAACAACCCCCCUACGACGACACUCAUAGCAUGGAGUUCGUCGCGACUGCGAUGGUUCGUACGAUUGUGAGCCGGAGCCCGGAACUUCGAAUGAUGUUGCACGGGUGCACGCUGCGGCAUCGCGUCGAAGCCUUGCUGCACAUGCUGAGAUCGUGCUACGAGAAAGUUGUUCAAGCGAAGAGUGAUCGCAAAACGCAAGGGUCGCAAAUCGUCGGCAUUAAGCAAAAAUACCUUUUGCCCGAGUACAACGCGCAGGCGAUCGCGAACGACUUGGAUACCGUGCGAAAUGUUACAAAUAUAAUUUGCACGCACGUGUCACAUCUCGAAGGUUGGCGCCCUGACGUACGGAGCAACACCCACAGAAUGUCGCCAGACGAACACAAAUCCGAUGAGACGGACCUUAGCACGGUUCAAGAGGUUUUGGAGGACCACAUCCGAAGCUUGCGCAUGCCCCUUAAAUCUUUCAUGAACAUGAACAGCCCGCGCCCCUACGGCGACGUUUUCGACGAUCUCGAUGACGACGACGACGAUUUCGAUGACGACGACGACGAGGAUGAUUGGGAAGCCGACGAAGGAGAUUGGAUAGACUAUACAUCCACGGAGUGA